GAAGGAUCACUGUGGGAGGAGAGUCAGACUGCAUACGCCACCAUGAACCCUACACACAGCUCCAUCUGCUGCAACUGCGCACUGAAGGUCCAUGCACUGACUCAUUUCUGGAUGCUGUACCCUCUGCUGUGCCUUGUCGCUGUGCCACAGUGGGCAGCGGUUGCAGAGACUCUCUGUGGCUCGGAGCUGGUGGAUACACUCCAGUUCGUAUGUGGUGAUCGGGGUUUUUAUUUCAGUAAAAGUUCUUCAUACAUAAAGUACAAAUACAGCAUAAAGAGGCAGAGUAAAGGCAUUGUGGAGGAAUGCUGCUUUCGGAGUUGUGACUUGCAGUUAUUGGAGUCAUACUGUGCCACUCCCCGGACAUCGCGAUCUGUACCACCUUUAACCACCAUCAAGCCCCAGGAUGAAAUUUUAAAGAACUCAUAUAAAGAGACGUCCAAGUCUGCCAAGUGGAUUUCCAAAUUACUGGGGCAUAAAACAAUGGUGGAAAGCAGACCCUCAGUGAGGAGCCAACAUGAAAUGCAAGACCUGAGUCCAUUCCAGAGUCAAACACCUUUGAUGGCACUGUUGAGCAAGUCACCAAAGAAAUUUCCAGAACUUCAGAUAACAAACUCGCGAUAGUAUUAAGGAAGGAGAGAAGGCAGGAUGCACUAGAUUCCACUGCCCUUUCUUGUUCAAUGUUACUGUGAAUUCAACACUAGUGUUGAAACUUGGAAUGGAGAAUGGAGUUGGAAUGAACCAAUGCCUCUUCUUUCAUUGAAACAUUUUGCUCUUCACUCUAUCUCAAGCUGUUUCCCCAUUCUCUUCAGCCACCACCUACCCCCACAACCUCACAUUCGUAACACCUAGUCUAAGUUGAAUGCUGGACUUAAUCACCUGGAAAAAAUAUCCCUCAUAAAUUCUACAAUGCAAGGGACAGAGAAAUUCCAAACUGUUCACUGUCAAAUUGCCCUCAGUAAAUACAGUAUAAUUUAUGAGCUCCUUAUUUAAAGAACAAUGAAGAAAUUCAGACCAAAUGUAAUAUCACACAUGACCUCACUGAGAAUCUCAAAACUAAACACAAGAGAAUUACGUCUCCACAAGCAUCAACGAGAACCAAGCAAGCAGAGAACAGCAUCAAGGAACAGGAGCUUGGCCCUGGUGGGCCUGAACAGAGACAGUUAGUUCAUGAAGAUGGACUGGAAUGGUAGAAUGCUGUGAGGAGGUGUUGGGUGGGGGCUGAGUGAAUGAAAAAUCCCUCUCCCAAGUUCAAGUGACUGAAUGCCGAUUAUUCAAGAGGCUGGUGUGAAUACAUUUGCGAUGGGCACCAUUCUCCAGACCCACUAAUCUGUCCAAGUCAGGAGCAAAAUGAAACUGAAGGAAGUGCCCCAUUGGACAGUUUUGCAAAGACUAUUAAGUGCACCUUAUUUAAUAUUGACAGUUCUGAAAAUGUCACCUGCCAUGAGUUGAUGUCAGCUGGUGGGAUUGAUGUUGAUUGUGUCUAUAAUGUCAAACUUCCUGCUCAUAUAUUUAAUGCCUGUUGAAUUAUUUGUAUGUACUCCAUUGUAAUUUCUCCAGUAUCAUGUACCAGCAUUACACUUCAGUAUUACCCUACUACAUUACGUCUAAGCGUGACAUUACUAUAAUGCAUUAAUGUUAUGUUACGCGGCAUUAUGUCACUCUCCCAUUCAUCCUCAAUAUUCCUGUUAGGUACUUUAUAAUCCACAACAUUUCCUCACCUUUCCAUUUGCAAGGAUAAAAGAUGAAUACCAUUGGUCCAUGAUUGCUUGGGCAUAGCCGUUGAUGAUAUCAUGGAAUUGAGGUUCCAAAAUGCUUUUAUCUAGAUCAAUCAACUCAUUAAACCAUCAUUUUCCUUGGCACCAAUUUUAUCUAGCACUAUCUCAGGCUGAACCAGUUCAGAGUCUCAGCAUACUCUUUCACUGUGACCUCUGAGCCCAUAUUCUCACCAACACCAAGAUGUUCAUCUCUGUAAUAUCACCUCGUUUCUGCUGCGGUCUCAGUUCCAUCAGCUGCUGAAACUCUCAUCACUGUUUUCUUUUGUCAGCUUCAAUUGCAUGGAGCUCCCUCCCUAACCCUCUCCAUCUCUCUCAUAGUCUUUCCUGCAUUUCGACUCACUUUGAAAUCUACCUCUUUGGUGAAGUUUUUGCUCACACUUUUCCAUUUUUUCAGAGCUUAACCACAGUUUGUGCUCCUGUAAACAAAAUGGGACAUUUCACAAGGUCAAAGGCAAUGUAUGAAUGCAAACUGUUGUGAGACUGUUGGCAAAAAUGCCACAACGUAGAGAGGGGAAAUUGACACUGACUGAGUUAGACAUUUUUCUACUAACCCCAUUGUCAAUCAUUUUGUCACCAUAAAACAUCAGGAAAACUAAGGUGUUGAUGCUCAUUUUGAGUACGGAUUGCAUAGAGAUUAUGACCCAGAAAAAGACGCCUUGGCUCAACCAGUCAUUUCCUGCCCCUCUUUGUCAGUAAGGGGUCCCAACUGCAUUUAGAGGCCUAUUUUCUACCCAACAACUGAGUGGGCCCAUUUCUAUCAAUAAAGCGGUGAUAAUACCUCCUGGAAAAUAAACAGGGAGUUGAUGUCUUCAAAAUAUUUCUAUGAUUUCACUGGGAGGAGAGAACAUGGAGAUUUUCCUGUCUUUUCACGAUGUCGCAAGCAUAGAACAGCCAAUGAAAAUGUUCUGUACCUUUGUGAUGGUCUUCGAGUUUGUGAUGAAUGAGUUUGUCAUGUUCUACUGUGAUUUAUUUAUAAUUCUUUACGCUUUUUGUGAAAUCAAUGCAUUGUACCUCAGCAGCAAGCUGGAACUGGUUUCGAAUUUUUAUUGGACAGAAAAUAAAUCUC